AUGGCUGAAACCUCGGCUGCUCUUUGCUUCUCACCCUUCUCUUCCUUCCCCUCCUUCUCUCGCGCCAAGGACUCAUCUUUCUCUUCUCUCUCCGCCGCUUUCCCUCCCAAAUCCCCAAAUUCCCAUCCUUGCCCCUCUCGCCCUCUCCGGUUUCGCGCCAAUUCCUCCUCUGAUUCGUCCAAUUCCUUACCCGACGAUCUCUUCGGCUUCUUUCCUUGGUCCAAUGACUCCGAAAUUGAAUGGGUUGCUGAGGAGAGAGUCACAUUGUUCACUACUGAUGGGCUCGUUCAGAUUGGAGGCUCCAUGGUCCCUAGACGUGUCACUUCUUCAAAUAAGAAGCAAGGGAGGUCAAAGGCUAAUCAAAGAUUUCAGCGAUUUCAGGAGAGUGAUUACAUGGAUACAGAGCAGGGUUUGUGUCUAGGCGCUCUCUUUGAUAUUGCAGCAACAAAUGGUCUUGAUACGGGUAGGAAACUAUGCAUCUUUGGGUUUUGCCGUUCCAUUGAGAUGCUAAGCGAUGUUGUAGAAGACACUGUGCUGGAACAUGGUGGUGAGGUUGUUGCUGCAGAGAAAGCGAUGAAAGGUGGGUUGCAUGAAAAGCUAAGAAUGACGGUUGCAGUGCCAUUACUCUGGGGGGUUCCUCCUGCUUCUGAAACACUUCACCUUGCUGUGAAGAGUGGUGGAGGAAUUGUAGAGAAAGUUUAUUGGCAAUGGGAUUUCUUGUAA